UCUCAGCAUGUGAGGUCAUCUAUUUCAACUUGGGAACUCAUUUGUCACUCAGUCCCCAGAUUUCUCCCGGGUUUACAGAACCCCAUGGCUUCUGCGCCCCCGGCCGACGCCGACGUGCAUCCGGCGGCACGCAACGCCCUCCGCAUUUCCCUGAGCGCCAAGGAAUACCGGUUGCUCUACGACCUUGCGACCCGACGAGCCCCAGCUAUCCAGAGCAAGCUGCCCCCGCCGGCCAAGUUCGAGGCGAUUGUCCGCUCCAAGAAUAGACACAAUGAAGCGGCCUUGCGUACCUCGCUCCGCGUCUUUGUUGUGUCCGGCGCUCUGUUCAAGCUGGUUGGGUUGAUCCUCAGCCGGAUUCGGGGCGACCAGUCCAAGAAGGGUCCGCGAACCUCCCUCAUCCGCUCCCCGAAUUUCCGCCUAUCUCUUUCCCUAUCCCUCGUCCUUCUCUUCCACCGAUUGCUGCAUCGUUUCUUUGUGCGACUACGCGCCAACCUCCGUACGGAGGAGGCUCAGCCUUUCCGCACUCGCAACCCUCGCGUGUCGAAGGCACUGACCUCGCGAUAUGCGCCUGUCGUCGGGGCCAGUGUUGCGGGAUUUGCGCUGGGCAUUGCGCCCCAGGAGCAGCUACGGUUGACGUUGGCUAUCUACACGGGAACUCGGAGUUUGGAGUUCCUAUUCAACGUGGGGGACGAGAAGGGAUAUCUGGAUAAUCGACCGUGGUGGUUUGGCAGCUGGCUGUUGAUGCCCCUGUCGUGCGCGCAGCUGUUCCAUGCUUUUGUUUUCGAUCGGGAGACGACGCCGAAUUGGCUUGGAAAAGUCAUCUUCAGGCUGUCGCCGAGUUAUAUACCCGACCGUCCGGAAUCGCUGCCUGCGGAGGUCUUCUGGCCCGAGAAGGAGGACAUUGUGGAUUCUUUGGCCACCGUUGCCAAUCUCAAGUGGCCAGCAUUUGUGUCCCCUAUUCUGCACCCUGCGAAUCCGAAUACCCUACCCGCAGCGGUCAAGUCCAUCUCUCCCAUCACUGGCCCGGCUCAUCCAUUGAUCGACCGCCUUUCCUGCGCAGUGCUUCAUCCCAGCAGCCCGAGCUGCGGAACCGCGUUCCUGCACCACAUUCUCCUGUCCGUGCCCCGCGCGGCUCGCUUCCUUACUGGCGUGACCCUAGCGUUGUCUGUGCUCAAAUUCAAGACAUUCAUGAGCAAUCCCAUCUUUGCCAUCAAUGGCGUGUCCAAGAGGAUCAUCACCCUGACCGCCAUCCUUUCCGCCUCUGUUGGUUCCGCGUGGGGUAGUGUUUGUCUCUGGAACUCCAUUCUGCCGCGCGCGACCCUGCCGACGAAACGGUUCUUCCUGAGCGGAGCGCUUGCCGGAUUGCCAUUCGCAUUCCUGGGCAACAGCCGCAGUGUUGCCCUGUAUUUCUUCCGCGCAGCGGUGGAUUCCGCAUGGAAGACAGGCGCCAAGCGCGGCCUGUGGAAGCCCGGUAAGGGCGGCGAAUUGUGGGUUCUUGUGAUCGCGUGGGCCAUCAUGGGCGCGAUCCUUGAGGCGCGACCGUCAGCUGUUCAAGGCCGCGGGGUGAGAAAGGCCUUGACCUGGUUGAAGGGCGAGGGAUACAUGGACCCUGUUGAUACGGCCGCGAAAAGGAAGGCGAAGAAGGCGGCGAUGAAGGAAGCUGAAGCGGAGUGAUUCAGACGGCAUUCAUUAUGCAGAUUUAUAAGUCAAGUGAGGUUUCUUUGGCGUGUCUCUAUUUUCUUUUUUUUCCUAUUUCAGAUUAUUCCCAAACUUCUUUAUCUGCUUCUUUUAGUGCAAAUGUGGAUGGAACACGGAUCGAUGAGGAGGAAGCUGUAUUGAAGGAUCGCAUAAGUAUUUGAUAGCAUGAUAUGUUG